AUGUGGGGAAAGCAAAUCGCUGGUGAGCAAUUGGGAGAGAGAAAGCCAUCGGAGCUCCUUCGUGUGAUGCAGAGACGUGCUGAAAAUCACAAUGUUUCUGACACGCUAAUUCUGGAACUAUUCCUACAACAAUUACCAUCAAAUGUGCUAUCAAUUCUGGCAUCAAUUUCUCUCCUAACUAUUAAAAAGGCUGCUGAAAUAGCAGACAAAAUAUUAGAAGUAUCACCUCCACAAGUAAGUGCUGUUUCCUCUCAAAAUUCUUUAAAUGCUGACUCUGAACUCUUGAAAGAAAUAAAACAUUUGAGAGAAGAAGUUGCUAAAAUGUCUUUGAGACAAUCCAGAAGAGUUACUCGCACUCCAUAUCGAAAUAAUUUUCGACAGAGAAGCCCAAGUUCUAACAGACUCUGUUGGUAUCAUAGGAAAUUUAACUCGAAAGCUCAUAAGUGUGUACCUCCCUGUAAUUUUACAGUGUUAAACGACAACGGCAAGGAGUAA